CCGCCUCCCGCCGAUGACUCCGAGUUUUGGCUGUUUGGCUAUGGGAGCCUGAUCUGGAAACCCCCACCUCACUACGACCAGAGAAUACCUGGAUGGGUCAAUGGCUAUAUCCGAAGAUUUUGGCAGGUGAGUGGAUACCACCGUGGCACCCCUGAAAACCCGGGCCGCGUAGUCACCCUCAUCGAGCAAUCCUUCUGGUCUACCCUAAAAGACCCGCACCCGGCCCCCGACGACGGCAAGGUCUGGGGCGUCGCCUAUCGCAUCAUCCCGGAGAAAGUCGCCGAGGUCAAGGCCAAUCUCGACAUCCGCGAGAUCAACGGCUACAGUAUCCACUACACGGCCUUCCAUCCUGUUUCGGCCCCAUCGUCCUCGUCUCCGUCAUCCCAGGCUGCUGCUGCUGCUGCUGCUUCGGCAGAGGCGCCGGCCCCCAUCCGCACCCUGGUCUACAUCGGCACUCCCGACAAUGACCAGUUCACCGGUCCUCAGGACGUCCAGGGCCUCGCCGAGCACAUCUACCGCUCCGAGGGCCCCAGCGGGCUGAACCGGGAGUACCUGCUGCACCUGGACACGGCAUUGCAGGACCUGAGCCCCGAAAGCGGCGAUGAGCACGUCACAGACCUGUCAGCGCGCGUGCGGGCGAUAAUAGCC